AUGUCACGCGAUGAUGAUGCGGCAAAAGAAGACGAAGCAACGGAGCAGCCAUCCAUGCCCAGAAAUGUUGAAACUGAAAAUGGCACUACCACUGGUAUGCACAAGCAAUCCAUGAUGGGUAAUCGGAUUGUGAGGAGAUCAAGGUCUAGAAGAAUCCUUGGCAAACCAAAGACGGUUGCAGACGUCAUCAGGCGACGCAUGAUUCCACAACCUCCGUCACUUAGGGAAACUGAUCGUUUGAUAGCAAGGAAGCCAUGGAAACGAAUGGGCAUACCGUCCAUCAUUAAACAGGAGAGGCAAAAGAUAGAGGAGACUGAUGCAUUCCUGGACGAGUAUUUCCAUUCAUAUCUCAUCAAAAAAGGAACCGAUGCGGGACUGCGCUGCGGCGUGAAGACUGUGGACGCAAAGCUCUUCCAAAAUAGUCAGAACAGCUCACAGAAAGGGUCUAGCAGUGGCGACGUAAAUCGGACGCCUACAUAUAAAUACGAUGCUGACGAAUUGUUGCAAAUAUGGAACACGAAGGGGGGGCACUUCUACACCAGCAUGCCCAAAACGGUUGCCAUGCUGCAGAUUGUGAGACGCAUUGCGGUAGAUUCAAAAGCCGAUGUGGAAAUGAUCAAGCGUAUCCGGGACCAUGUCUGUUUCAAGCGGAUAGUAGGUAGCGUUGUUCGGCACAUGAAGUACCUUACACGAAUUGAGCUGCCGAGCCACCUCAAAAACUACCCCAAACUCAUGAAAAUGGUGCCCAAAUUCAACAAUGAACAAAUGGUCACGAUUUUCACCGUGCUGGCGUAUUUCCGCUUCAGCAACGAAAAGGUUCUCGACGCCAUGCUGCAGUACUCGAAACCCUACAAAGAAUUCACGCCGGAAGAAAUGAGAUCUGUGAUUAUAUCGUGCAUCAAAAUGGGUGCCGAUGCUUCGCAGAUAGUGGGUGAUUACGUCGAUAAACUGAAGGCAGAAAUCAUGCAACCGGUACAACCGAAGGGAAGCCCGCAGCAGGAGAUGGAUCUAUACCUAGAUGUGCUGCGUAUAUGCAGCCAGACGGAUCACAUGGAUAACGAACUGUUCAAGCAUAUAGCGCAAUUUGUAAUGCAACAAGAGCAGAUGCCCGUGGAGACGGCAAUAGGAGCUGCAUGCCUGUUCGCAGAGGUACACCAUAUCGAUGAGGAGCUGUACCAGCACCUGUACUCGAUGAUGACGAACAAUAUUGAUGCCAUAAGAGGUAAAAAUGUAGUUACGAAACUGGUCACGGGGCUGGCCAUGUGUCACUCCAAGCCCCCUAAAAAACUGGUUGAUCACUUGGCCAAUUCGGUUCUCAAGGACAUCAAAACAUACAGCUUGGUUGAGCUGACUGCGACGCUUAGGAACCUUGCGCUGAUGGAUAGCUACAAUGAUGCCCUCUGCGACAAAGUCUUCAACCUAGAACUCUUCACGAACCCACCCUCGGUCAAGGUUCUGCAACAAAUCAACCUUAAACUGAACCAGAAGAAGACUGUCUAUGCGGCAUACCUGCAUCCAACGGCAACGAGCACGCUAAAUGUGGUGUUCGGGAAUGCCUACCAGGCGUACCUCGGGUACCAAUUACUGGGUAAAACUCAGAAUAAAUUCGAGCUGCCGAAAGAAGCGGUGGGCAAGCUGAAGGACAUCUACACGGCGAGCGCCAAAAACUGGACUUUUGGUUCAUCGUCGUUCCACAUACAAGUGCUAGACCUGCUCAAAGAGGCAUUUGGAAUUGAGUCUGAAAUUGAGCACAUAACCAGUGACGGGCUUCUUGUGGACAUAGCCAUACUGCCAUCCAGUCUGGCGAAGUUUACGGAACAAAUUGGCGCUAAGGACUUUCUGAAGGACAAGAAAUGCGCCAUUGAGGUGCAUGGACCUUUCCACUACCUGCAGAAGUCCACGGAUCUAUUCCCACCGCCACUGAACAACACAACGGUAUUCAAGGAAAGGCUGUUGAGAGCGCAAGGCUGGGAUGUCGCACACCUUCACUACUGGUCACUCGUCCCAUGGUAA